AUGCUCGGUUUGGGCGAGAGAGGCGUCCGUCCGCAUCAGGUAGAAGUCAUUCUGGAUGGUCGUAGCGUCAUAUACCACGUCUACAAGCGUCCUUACGUGGACUACUUUCUACGCAAGGUGGGUUCUUCGUGCGCGACGUGGCUCGUGACGCCCUCGAAACGAGACUUACUUUAUAAUUGGCUGGAACAGGUCGCGUCAUGGUAUCACGUAGUCAUUUUCACAGCAUCUGUUCAAGAGUAUGCAGAUCCAGUCAUCGAUUGGCUGGAUCAAGGUCGAGGUUUGGUAAGCCAAAGGCUAUUCAGAGAAGCCUGCACUUUCAGAAACGGCAGCUAUCUCAAAGAUCUCAGCAUUGUCGACUCGGAUCUCUCGCGCGUGUGUUUGGUAGACAACAGUCCGGCAAGCUAUCUGAUCAACCCAGCAAACGGCAUUCCCAUCGAAGGCUGGACGAAUGAUCCUAAUGACGAAUGCCUCCUUGACCUCCUGCCGCUCUUGGACGCCCUCCGGUUUGCUUCUGACGUACGCAAUGUCUUGUCCAUUAGAGGCUUCUGA